AUGGAGAAAGGCAGACUUCCUCCCUAUUCCAACCCCGAACUCCCUCCUACUCCGCCAAGUCCUGCAGACAUGGGUGACUACUCAGUAAGAGAGGAACCGCUCGGCACGUCCAAACAUGUCCGGAUCGUCGGCAUUGGAGCCGGCGCCAGCGGUAUCAACAUGAUUCGCACUCUCCGCCGUACACUUCAAAACUACGAACACAUCAUCUACGAGAAGAACGACGACGUCGGCGGCACAUGGCUUGAAAACCGGUACCCCGGUUGCCGCUGCGACGUUCCGAGCCACAGCUACCAGUUCUCCUGGCGGCAGAACAAGGAAUGGACCAACUUCUUUUCCCCGGCCGAGGAGAUCGGCGCCUACCUUUGUCAGAUAUGCAAGGACGAGAACAUGCUCGACGCCAUCAAAACCAAGCACCAGGUAGCUUCGGCACAGUGGGACGAGGGCCAAGGCCUUUGGAGGCUCAACAUCGUCAACCUAGAAACCGGAGAGGAAUUUGUCGACCAGGCCAAUUUCGUUGUCGAUGCGUCCGGUAUCCUCAACAAGUGGAGAUGGCCUGAUGUUGAGGGACUUCACAACUUUAAGGGGGACCUAAUACACACCGCAAACUGGCCCAAGGACUUCGACUACAAGAAUAAGGUUGUGGCAGUUAUCGGGAAUGGCUCGUCUGGUAUCCAAAUAGUACCUGCCCUGCAGCCAGAUGUCCAGAAACUUGUCCAUAUUAUUCGCUCGCCCACAUGGGUUAUUCCGCCGAGAAUUCCGACAUUUGCUAUGACUGGGGCCGCGGAGCUAUUGAGUCAAAUCAAGAUCGACGAAGACGAGAAUUUCACUUCAGAACAGAUCGAGAAGUUCAAGUCUGAUCCGGAAUUCUACCGCACCUUUGUCAAGGGAAUCGAGAAGCAAGUGAACAGCUCCUUCCCCAUCGUCCUUAAAGAUAGCCCCAUGCAGGCUUUUGCCACGCAACAUGUUAAGCAGUACAUGACGAAGAUGCUCGGCGGCGAUGAAAAAUUGUGCAAAGCCCUCAUCCCCAACUAUCCCCUAGGGUGCAGGAGAAUGACGCCCGCGCCACAAUACCUCACAGCGCUGUCAAAACCGAACGUGGAUGUACUCACCGGCGGCAUGAAGAAGUUCGUUCCCGAAGGUAUAGAGAUGGAGUCAGGAGAGGUCGUCAAAGUCGACGUGAUCGUCUGCGCUACCGGAUUCGACCUAUCCUUCUCGCCUCGCUUCCCUCUGAUAGGCCGCAACGGUAAUCUGCAGGACAUCUGGAGCAAGGAGACGCCCAAGGCGUACAUGUCGUGCGCCAUUGCAGGCCUGCCUAACUACUUUACUUUCCUCGGGCCCAACGCACCGAUAGGGCACGGCAGCGUCUUCACGCUGUCGGAGCACAUCGCCACCUACGUGGCGGGCGCCAUCAAGAAGUGCCAGACGGAGGGCAUCAAGGCCCUGGCGCCGAGCCAGGCCGCCGUCGACGACUACUUUGAGCACAUCACGUCGUUCAUGCCGCGCACGACCUGGGCCGCCCCGGGCUGCCGGUCGUGGUUCAAGGGCGGCCGCGCCGAGGGCCCCGUCACGGCGCUGCACCCGGGCAGCCGCAUCCACUUCUUCCACAUGCUCGAGGCGUUCCGCGGCGAGGACUACGAGUACGUGUACGACGCGCCGCCGAGCGGCGGCGACAAGGGGAGGAGGAAUAGGUUCUGGUACCUGGGGAACGGCAUGUCGACCAAGGAGCUGGACGAGGGCUUCGACUCGACUUGGUAUCUGGACGAUGCCUGA